AUGGGCCUGCCUGGCUCCGAGUUGUCUAGGGCUGCCUGAUGGAGCCUGCGCUGGAGCAGCCGCAGGAGCCCGAGCCCGGGGCUGUGCUGGUACCCGCUGGCCGCGUGCUUAGUUCCGAGGAGUUAUUCGCAGCCCGAUCCCGGGACCAGAAGCUGCCUCUGCGCUCACAUGGCCAGAAGGUCUUCCUCCCCGACGGCUCCGAGGCCCAGGAGGAGCAGCUGCAGUUGUGUAGACGGGAGCUUUGGACCCUUCUUGCGGAAGAGCGAGUGGAGCGACGGGGCAGUUUGGUGACUGCCGAGUGGAGUCCUCAGGAUGGGGUGGUAACUUUGAAGACCUUUGCGGGUAAAUUCUGGCAAACCAUGGGCUUCUCUGAAGGGGGUCAGCAGCGAUUAUACCCAGAAGAGGCUGUGUACUUGCUGGAAUGUGGAUCCAUUCAGCUUUUCUACCAAGACCUGCCCCUGUCCAUCCAGGAGGCCUAUGAGAUGCUACUAGCCCAGGGUACCAGAAGCUUUUUGCAGUACCAGGUUUUCAGCCACCUGAAGAGACUAGGCUAUGUGGUUCGGAGGUUCCAACCUGACUUGGUCCAGUCUCCCUACGAGAGGCAGCUUAACUUGGAGAGCAGCAGCUCUGAAAAAUGGCAUGGCAAGAGAAAGAGAAGGAAUUCUAGUCCUCGGCCUGCUGAUAAAAAACCCAAAGCAUUGGAGAAUCCUCUGCCAGAGGCAGAUGGUACGUGUGAAAGUCAGACAACUUCAGUCCAGUCCGCCCCCGGCCAGAACAACAGGUUCCUGCAAGAGAAGCCUCAGGAAUCCAGCCAUAAGAACGACCCAGGGGGCUCUAGCCAGCCUCCUGAGUCCCCUGGCCAGGUCCCUGGCCAGGCAGAGCAAGCUGGGAGGACUCUGAAGGAGGGAGAAGGAAGCUGGGGUAGAGCAACAGAUGACAAUGGGAACAACAGAGCUUGUAAGCCUCGAUGGGACUUUGAGAAAAUCGCAUUCCCUAACAUGGCCUGUGAUCGCCCCCAUACCCUGCUACUAACCCCGGCUCCGGAGUUGCUCCCAGGGAAUGUCACUGCACGGGAGAUUGAUGCAGCCCCUUGGUGCCAGAAGCUCAAUCAGCGGAAAGAGAAGCUCUCCCGGAGGGAGAAGGAGCAGCAGAGGGGGACUGCUCCCUUCCGAAAUGAUGUGAAUGCGGACCCUGAGGUUCAGCGCUGUACCAGCUGGCGGGCAUAUAAGGAGCUGCUACAGCGGCGGUGGCAGCGGAAGACCUGGAAUCGCCCCCCAAACUUGUGGGACCAGUCAGUCACUCCCCUCCUGAACCCUGGCCAGGCAGCCAGCCCAGCCACUGUUCUUCAACAGAUCUCCUUACUGCAGACCACUCAUCUCACUGAUGGAGUUGAUGGGAGGCUGUUGGAAAAGUCUGGGGACAUGGAGAUUAGUUUUGACAUCUAUCAGGCAGAUAGUGUAUCCAGUUUCCGGAAAAAUGACCCAGGAAGACCAUAUGCUCGGAUGUGCAUCAGUAGAUUUGAUGAACCUGUCCCAGACCUGCACACCCUCAAGCGGCUGUCUUUCCAAAGUGGGGAUGUUCCCUUGAUCUUUGCCUUGGUGGAUCAUGGUGACAUUGCUUUCUAUAGCUUCAGGGAUUUCACACUGCCUGUGGACCUGACACAUUGACCAACUGACCUCCACAUCUCGUUGGGAUAGCUUCUGCCCUUGAUCAGGGAUGGCUACCCAGAUGAUAUGAUGGGGGAAAGCGUUGCUACAGUUUUGGCCGGCUUUGCUCUCAGGAAUGAUUUCCUACUCAGAUUCCCAAUUCUCAGCUGCCUCUGUAUUGGAACUUUUGCCCUUAUGAGUGAUAUUUUCCUGUUGUUCAUUCCAGUCUAAGCCACUUCCCACAGGAGAGCAGGCUUGAAAAAUGCUGGGCAAGUUGUAUUGCCUUAGUCAGGGAUUCUUCCUCAUGUUUGUUCUGAUUUUUCAGUGGUGCCCUUAGGACCCAGUACCUUUCUUCUCAUAGGCCAAAUAAGGUGGAAUCUUGGCCCUGUUUUAAUGUAAGAAAGGUUGGAAAACUUGGAUGAGGCUAAAACCAUUAAACCUCUUUCUUUA